AUGGCAAAAGUUAAAGAUUUAAGUGAUAAAGUUGAGACAGGCAAAGAUAAGAUGCUUGAUGACUUAAAUAAUUUAACCUUCCCCGAAGGAUAUGCCGAGAUUUAUAAAAAGUUCAGUGAUUUAUUGGAUGAGGACUAUUUGACAAAGAUAAUAAUUACUUCCCGCGGAACGGGAAAAAGCCAUAAUGUCAAA